GGGACAGAGAGAAGCCAGUGCAGGAUAUGCCAAGUGCUGGGCUACAAUGAUGUUGCAUUGGAAUGAGGAAGUGGAGUGGAGAGGGGUGGGACUGAGACCAGAGCUUCAUCCUGCAGCGCUUCUUAGAGCAGCACAUGGAACAGCUGCUGGGGACUGGGAGAGCUGUGUACAGCCAACCCACGGAAGAGCAGAUAACCAGAAAAACAUGGAAACAGAUGAGGCACAGGAUAUUACCCAAAUGUCAGGAAAUCAGAGCCCUGCAAUGAGCGAUGGUUUGGAUGACCCAGAUGAGCCCAUGCCUGUGCCUGAAGAUCUGUCUACAAAUGCAGCAUCACAACAGAAUUCCAAGAAUGAGAAAUCAAUUGCUGGCAAUAUCAAAAUGGAGAAUCAAAGCGAUGAAGAGAAUGGACGUGCCUGUGAAAUGAAUGGGGAGGAAUGUGCAGAGGAUUUACGAAUGCUUGAUUCAGCUGGGGAGAAAAUAAAUGGAUCCCUGAACGGACAAGGCACCAAGGCCUUGACAGGAGUUGGAGGUAUUCGACUUCCUAACGGAAAACUAAAAUGUGAUAUCUGUGGGAUAAUAUGCAUCGGCCCCAAUGUGCUCAUGGUACACAAAAGAAGCCACACUGGAGAACGUCCAUUCCAGUGUAACCAGUGUGGAGCCUCCUUUACCCAGAAAGGCAAUCUCCUUCGUCAUAUCAAAUUACACUCUGGUGAAAAGCCCUUUAAAUGUCACAUGUGUAACUAUGCAUGCAGGCGCAGAGAUGCACUUACUGGUCACCUCAGGACACAUUCUGUAGGCAAGCCUCACAAGUGUGGAUACUGUGGUCGUAGCUAUAAGCAACGGAGCUCCUUAGAAGAGCAUAAAGAGAGAUGUCACAACUACCUACAGAGCAUGGGCUUGCAGAGCCAUCUUUAUGCUGUAAAAGAAGAGAGCAAUCAAAAUGAUAUGGCAGAAGACCUGUCCAAGAUUGGCUCCGAGAGAUCACUCGUGCUUGACAGACUUGCAAGUAAUGUUGCCAAACGUAAGAGCUGUAUGCCUCAGAAAUUUGUUGGUGAGAAACGAUUGUCAGAUAUUCCCUAUGAUCAUAAUGCCAACUAUGAGAAGGAAAAUGAAAUGAUGCAGACACAUGUUAUGGACCAAGCAAUUAACAAUGCAAUCACCUACUUGGGAGCAGAAUCCUUGCGUCCACUGGUGCAGACUCCACCUGGUGGCUCUGAAGGGGUGCCUAUCAAUUCUAUGUACGCUCUUCAUAAACCCCAUGCAGAUAUCACUACUAAUACCAGCCAGUCUGCCCAUGAAAGUGCAGUGGAGAAUCUCUUACUGCUUUCACAGGUCAAAUCCAUCUCUUCUGAAAGAGAAGUUUCUCCAAGCAACAGCUGCCAAGACUCAACAGAUACUGAGAGUAAUAAUGAGGAACGCGGAGGCCUUAUCUACCUGACCAACCACAUGACCCCUCAUCCUAGAAAUGGGCUAUCAACAAAAGAGCACAGGCCAUUUGAGAUGGUGAGGGCUUCUAGUGACAAUUCACAAGAUGCUUUCAAAGUGGUCAGUGGCAGUGGUGAAUCACUAAAAGUCCACAAGUGUGAGCAUUGCCGUGUCAUCUUUCUAGACCAUGUGAUGUACACCAUCCACAUGGGCUGCCACGGUUUCCGUGACCCAUUUGAGUGCAACAUGUGUGGUUACCAGAGCCAGGACAGAUAUGAGUUUUCCUCACAUAUAACCCGGGGUGAGCAUCGUUUCAAUAUGGGUUAGACAUUUUUGUUAGUGUUUUUUGUACACUAAAUCCACUGUUUUUGCAUGGAAACAAAUGAAGCACAAGUACUUUGGAGAUCAAAAAAUGUAUUCUUUAGUCUUCUUGACUGAUUUAUAAGAACUGGUUUACUGGCUAUAAUAGCCAAGGUUACUUUUUUCUUUAGAGGAGCAUGCUUUUUUUUAAAAAAAAAAGAUUUGUAAUCUUUUCCACCUGGUGCCACAUUUUGAAGCAUCAUGAUUUUUGGAAUCAUUCUUGAGAACCUUUGUACAUAUAAUGUGAGAAGCAUGUGAUCAACAUCCAUCUUGAACUUUUUAUUGACCUUGGGGAAACAACAAAACACAAUGCAGUUCAAAAAAUACCCCUCAGUCCUUAGACCAUUAUUAUUUGCUCAAAUGUGCACGGUAUGCAUACCUGAAAAAAAUUAGCCAUAUUUAGGUGUGCCAGGAAAUUUUAGAUGUUUUUGGGUUUCCUGUUUGCAUGAGUUUGGCGCUGACAUCAUGUUAAUACUUGGCAUGUCCUUCAAUCUUUGUGUUAUCUUACAAAAGAAAGAGUCAUGAAUAUCCUUAUAAACGUCCCUGCACCUAGAUUAAAAAGCUGGCAAAAGGCACAGAGUGACAUUUACACAAGUGCAAGGGAUCUCUGUACUUAAUGCCUGCCUACCUUUGGCUAUUUUGUACCUGGCAUGACUGACUAGCUGCUAACUCUGCAUACUUACAUGGGCCCAACAAUUUUGUAAACUCAGAUCCUUGCACCUAUAGGCCGUGGGCACAAACAAGUCAGAACAGCAGUGCAGAGAACAGAAUGGGAUAAACAAAUGCUGCUUCCAGUAGCAAAUACAAAUAACUUAAAAA